GUAAGAACUUAUUAGAGAAAGAGAGAGAGAGAGAGAGAGAGAAAGAAGCCUAUAUAAACUGACUCCCGCUAUUUCUGCCUUUCAGUCUCUCGCCAACAGACUUAACAGUCAAACAACACAUACACUCCAUUCUCUUUAUCUUCUCUUCACAAAUUCCCUUUUUUUUUCCUCAAUGGAUUCUUCUUCACGCUCCGCUGUCAUCAUCAUCGGCGCCGGCAUCUCUGGUAUAUCGGCGGCGAAGGUUUUGGCUGACAACGGAAUUGCGGAUUUGCUGAUUUUGGAAGCUUCCGGUAGAAUUGGAGGUAGGAUCCGGAAAGAAAGUUUCGGUGGGGUGUCGGUGGAGCUUGGAGCGGGUUGGAUCGCGGGUGUAGGUGGCAAAGCGUCCAAUCCCGUUUGGGAGAUAGCUUCUAAGUUUGGCCUCCGAACCUGCUUCUCUGACUACAGUAAUGCCCGCUAUAACAUCUACGAUCGGAGUGGGAAGAUCUUUCCGAGUGCAAUCGCCGCAGACUCAUACAAGAAAGCGGUGGACUCGGCGAUACAGAAACUAAGGGACCUAGAGUCAAACUCUGUCGAGGAUGUCGCCAAUGGAGCCGAGUUACCUUUAACAGCGAAGACACCGAUAGAGCUCGCGAUUGACUUUAUAUUACACGAUUUCGAGAUGGCAGAGGUGGAGCCAAUAUCAACAUACGUAGAUUUUGGGGAAAGAGAAUUUUUGGUGGCAGAUGAAAGGGGUUAUGAGUAUUUACUGUAUAAAAUGGCAGAGGAUUUUCUAUUGACGUCGGAGGGAAAAAUCCUGGAUAAUCGCCUCAAACUCAAUAAGGUUGUCAGGGAAUUACAGCACUCGAGAAACGGCGUCACGGUGAAAACAGAGGAUGGUUGUGUUUACGAAGCCAACUACGUCAUUUUGUCAGCUAGCAUCGGUGUUCUCCAAAGCGACCUCAUUUGCUUCAAGCCGCCCUUGCCCAGGUGGAAAACGGAUGCCAUAGAGAAAUGUGAUGUGAUGGUAUAUACCAAGAUCUUCCUCAAGUUCCCGUACAAGUUUUGGCCUUGUGGGACAGACAAAGAGUUCUUCAUCUAUGCUCACGAGCGGAGAGGCUAUUACACGUUUUGGCAGCAUAUGGAAAAUGCGUACCCUGGUUCGAAUAUUUUGGUGGUAACAUUGACCAAUGGUGAAUCAAAACGUGUUGAAGCUCAAUCUGAUGAAGAGACGUUAAAGGAAGCAAUGGGUGUGCUGAGGGACAUGUUUGGGCCCGACAUACCUACUGCUACAGAUAUACUUGUUCCCCGAUGGUGGAAUAAUAGGUUCCAGCGUGGCAGCUACAGCAAUUACCCCAUAAUCUCUAAUAACCAAGUUGUUAAUGAUAUUAAGGCCCCAGUUGGACGCAUUUUUUUUACUGGUGAACACACAAGUGAAAGAUUUAAUGGUUAUGUGCAUGGAGGAUACCUUGCAGGUAUUGAUACAAGUAAAGCUUUACUGGAAGAAAUAAGAAAAGACGAAAGAGAAAAUGAGAGUAAAAGUUUCUUGCUGGAGCCAUUAAUAGCAUUGUCAGGGUCAUUAACUUUGGCACAGUCGGAUGCAGUCUCAGGUCUCCAAAAAUGUGAGGUUCCAACGCAAUUAUAUCUUAGCGGCAAGCUUGGCAUUCCAGAAGCAAUCUUAUGACUAUAUGGACCUAACUUUGAUGAUGAUCAUGAAAACAUGAAGAAUGAGAGGGAUGGAAAACAUGGGUUUGGAUCCAACAGUGGAUUUAUCCCUUAAUACCAGCUGCUAAUUAUUGCUGAUGACUGGGCCUGGGUUUUGGAUUUUUUCAGAGGAGUUUUGGGCAAUGAAUCCAUGUUUGUUAAGUGGAUUUGGAAAAAGAAAAAAUGAUCACACUGCAGAUUCUAAUUGUACUUCAAUGUCAAUAUAAGAAGAUUUUUUUUUUUCUCAACCAUAA